AUGAGAAACCACACAGCAAUAACCACAUUCAUCCUCCUGGGAUUAACGGAUGACCCACAACUACAGAUUUUCAUUUUUAUACUCCUACUUAUUGCCUACGUGUCAAGUGUAACAGGAAACCUAACUAUCAUCAUCCUUACAUUAGUGGAUUCCCACCUCAAAACAGCUAUGUAUUAUUUUCUUCAAAAUUUUUCAUUCUUGGAAAUCACCUUUACUUCUGCAUGCAUUCCAAGGUUCUUGUACAGUCUAUCAACAGGUGAUAGAAUCAUUACCUAUGAUGCUUGUGUAUGCCAGGUAUUUUUCACAUAUCUGUUUGGAGUAACUCAAUUUUUCCUCCUGGCUGCUAUGUCUUAUGAUCGGUAUGUAGCCAUCUGUAAGCCCCUGCAUUAUGUGACCAUCAUGACCCAUAGUUUCUGCAAAAGACUCGUACUCUACUGUUGGACAAUCACUUUAGUGAUGCUAUUCCCAGGACUUAUUUUAUUUCUGAAUCUGGAAUUUUGUGACUCUAAUGCCAUUGACCAUUUUUUCUGUGAUGCGUAUCCUAUGCUGAAGAUCUCAUGCUCAGAUACAUGGUUGAUAGAGAAGAUGGUUUUAUUCUGUUCUACAUUUAUCCUUGUAGUUACUAUUAUUUUUGUUGUCCUAUCCUAUAUAAGUAUCAUUCAAAUGAUUCUAAAAUUCCCCUCUGCUCAGCAAAGGAAAAAAGCAUUUUCCACUUGUUCUUCUCAUAUGAUUGUGGUUUCUAUUACAUAUGGUAGCUGUAUCUUUGUUUAUAUUAAACCAUCAGCAAAGGAUGAAACAGCCAUUAAUAAGGGUGUUACAGUUAUAAAUACUUCAGUCUCCCCUAUGUUAAACCCAUUUAUUUAUACUUUGAGAAACAAACAAGUUAUUCAAGCCUUUAACGGUUUGGUUCAAAAAAUAUACAGCUUUUGUGGAAUUAGAAAUAUGCUAAAAUAA